AUGGCGCCUUCGUCCAAGAGCCCCAAUAUGGGCCAGGUCAUUGAGUACAUCCCAGAUCGGCUGUACCUGGCCGCUUAUAUCCACCCUCCCACGGCCGAAACCAUAUUCCCCUACGGCGAGACUGCCCAGUCUUCACCUAGAAAGCGAUCACAGAGAGCCGCCGAGGGCCCUACGCCCGUUCAGACCUCCGCCCGCCAAACGCCUUACUAUUUCACUGUCGACGACGCACUCCUGUACAACGCCUUUCACCACGACUUCGGCCCGCUCCAUAUUGGCCAUCUGUACCGCUUCGCCCUGCAGUUCCAUGACGUACUCGGUGCCAAGGAGAACAAGGAUCGCCCAAUCGUCUUCUGGAGCAGAGCCGACCCCAGAAGUCGCGCCAACGCUGCUUGCAUGCUCGCCUGCUACAUGGUGCUCAUCCAGAACUGGCCCCCGCACCUGGCCCUGGCGCCCAUCGCCCAAGUCGACCCACCUCUGAUGCCCUUCCGUGAUGCUGGAUACAGUCAGGCCGACUAUGGAAUCACCGUCCAGGACGUCGUAUAUGGCGUCUGGAAGGCCAAAGAGGAGGGCUGCUGCGCCCUGGAUAACUUUGACCUCGAUGAGUACGAGAAGUAUGAGAGAGUGGAGCACGGAGACUUCAACUGGAUCACGCCACACUUCCUGGCCUUUGCCUCGCCCCAACACACACCGGUUGCCAAAGUCCUCGAAGGCACCGAGGAGUUUGAUGCGCUCCCCAAGUCGCUCGGACAGCUGGAUGCCAACAAGACGCUUCCCCAGCCUUUCAAGAACGUCCUCAAGCACUUCACCGAGAGGAACAUCGGCCUCGUCGUUCGUCUCAACUCGCCUCUGUACUCCCCGUCCUUCUUCGAGUCAAUGGGCAUCUCUCACCUUGACAUGAUCUUCGACGACGGCACCUGCCCGCCUCUCACCACUGUCCGCAAGUUCAUCAGGCUGGCGCACGAGACCAUCACCGUCAAGAAGAAGGGCAUCGCUGUCCAUUGCAAAGCAGGCCUCGGAAGAACAGGCUGCCUCAUCGGCGCAUACCUCAUCUACCGUCACGGCUUCACAGCUAACGAGAUCAUUGCCUUCAUGCGCUUCAUGCGCCCCGGUAUGGUCGUCGGUCCCCAGCAGCAUUGGCUUCACAUCAACCAGGGCAUCUUCCGUGAGUGGUGGAUCGAGGAGCGCAUUGAGCGCAAGCUUCGCAAGGAGAUGGCCGCCAACGCUGCUGUUCCCAGCACCCCGAUUCGUGCCAUGCAAAAGACCUCGAUUCGUGCCGGUCAAGCAUCCACGCCCCCGCACCGCAGCACCUCGAACCGAACGCCGCUGAGCGAAGUCGACCACGACCGCAAUAACAUUGGGGUUCAGGAAGACUACCUCCCGGCGCCGACACCCGGUCAGCCAAGGAAGACCAAUAGGGCAGACCGUCAUCACCCAUACCAAAGAUCAACUUCGUACACCGCAACAGUCGAAGAGGAAACAGGCAUACACCACGACGCCGAGGUCAUUACAGUCCACAAACAUUCCCACAGCGCCGAGUCGGAUGAAGAAGUGCUCCUCCGCAUGCGCUCGCAUCGGAAGCCUUCCGCAUCGCCUGGUCGCAGUGAAAAGCGCUCAGUUAGCCACUCGGCCGCUGCUGUGUAUCAGACGUACAUUGAUAACGACGCCAGCAAUGACGUUGAAAAUCUCGGAACAUCACGCGUCAAGCAAGUGGAUAGAGUCAGCAGCGCAUCCGGCAUUCUCACCAAGGUUCGUGGCAGUAAGCGAUCGGGUGAGUCACCGAGGUCCAAGGAUGGAGUACGCAAGACGAGCGGCCGUGUUGGCAGCGUAGGUACCUCUGCAACGUCAGCCACGGCAGCAUCGACGGCCCGUAAGGUCUCUGGCGCCUAG